AUGUACUCCGAUCGGUCCUUGGAGCAGCGAACCAAGCUCCUUUGGGAUCACCUCCUUGACACCGAGAGGAAAGCGAAGGAGAUGGAACAAGAGACCGAGAGACUAAGGAAGAUCAAGGAUCAAGCCAAGGAGAUCGUAAUGGAACGACACCCGUAUUUGUUCCUGGACGAGCUUCCUCGAGCGGAAUCUCCGGAAUUCCUCAGUGAUGAAAGUCAAAGCUACAUGACCAGAGACUUGAAAGACAUCCGUGAUAUGCUCCGUCCAACCAAGGCCAAAGAACCCGAUUCUUACAUGAGCCAGCUCCAAAGGCUCCGAGAUGGGCUCACUACACCCGGCAAUGUGGCUGCUAAGCCGAGCCAGUCCAAAAAUGAGUUGGGACCAUAUUUAUGGCCUGAAAACUGCAUACCAGUCCCAAUAGAGACAUUUAAGCAUCUGAUGGCCGAGUCCUCGAAAGCCAAACGGACACGACCACCAUCCUCGGACUCGGGCCCGGCAGAGCCCCCUGGUGAUCAAGACAGAGAAGUGCUUAAGGGAGCUAAUUCUCCAUACGGCGAUGAUACAAGCAUUGAUAUUGCCGAUCUCAGCCAAGAGAAUGCGGUUCAAGGACCGCCAGAGACACCCAAAGAGCCCGAGCCCCCUCAGUCGCCUCGACGAGUGGCUCAGACCCCUCCGCCCAUUGUUAAUCAUUCUACUCCGCCUCCCAAACAAGCAUCUCCCAUUCCACCCCAACAAUUGAAAAGCGACAGUGAGUCUUCGAAGAAGAACCAUUCGCCCAAUUUGUCAAAUGAACCCGAUUACAACUUUGCCGUUCAGUCGGACAACUCCCAAGAGAAGUUAUAUUCGACCGAGAGCGAUACCCAAUCAAGUCCCAAGGUUGCUGAUCAAAAAGUUGCUCAGGCUCAAAAAAACCCAGUCCAGCCCAAACCAGGACCAUCCUUGGCCAUCAGGUUGAAAUCCGAGAGUACUUCUUCGAGUUCACAAGGCAACGAGGAUUCCUCAUCCUCAUCGUCCUCGGUGCCCCAACCCAAGGCCCCGCCCAAUCCCUUAUCGGAUUACGCCAAGAAAUUCGCCCUCAAACUGAACAACGACAGUGCGAGCGACGAGGCUCCGGUCAAGAAAUCGGGCGGAACUCUGGAUGAAAACGAGAGCAUUUCGGGCGCAGAGGACGAAGAUGAUGAGUUUUGGGACUAA